GUAGGAUUCCGGGCUGUUCGUGCGCUUUGACCCGCCACCGUGUGCGCGCGCUCAGUGACGUCACUGACACAGUUGCUAGCAGCAAAUCCGAGCUGCGCAGCCGCUCUGCGCAUCCGUCCGCUGGGCUGGACAGCGCAGCCAUUUCUCAGCCGCUCGUGAAAACCGCGCAGGACGGCGCCGUUCGGCCACCACGCGCGCAACUCCCCUGCCGCGCGCGUGUUAUGACUUGGGCAGCACGCGCCGAGGCUGAACUCCGCAUCAGCGACGGAGAGCCCGCCAUCUCCAAACUUUCUCCCAAUUCAGCGUCUGCGCAGACAAAACGCCGCCUCUCCUCCAUUCGAGCUUCUGGUUCUGGGCGUGUUCCGUGUCAGUCAUGGCGGGACGUGCGCAAAGAGGCAGCGGCGACGUCGCAGUAGCGCACGUGAAAACUGAAGCGGCGGAUGAAAGCACGCCCGCGCUGGUUCUGGGCAGUCAUGAGUCGCCUGCGCCCUGCAGAGAUACCGCAUGCGGAGGGGGAGGGGCUCCGUCUGCAGAGGAGCAGGCUGACGCGGAGCUGCAGGCAGCCGCCACCACCGCUCCCGUGCUGCUGUACCCCGUGAGCUCAGAGCGCUUCUUCACCGCGGCCGCAGACGGGAAAGCGUACCUGACCAUGGCUCCAGCCGCAGCGAUGCCCCCCGCGCCCUCAGACCAGGCGUUCCCGCCCGCCUCGGACUUCUCCUCCAAAGCGGUGCUGUGUCUGAUCGAGGCCGUCGGCCGCCGCUGGGGCCUCUACGAGACCCGCGAGCGCUCGCAGCUCUUCCAGAGCGUCCAGGAGGAGAUGGCCUCCAAGGGCCACGUGCUCCCAGUGGAGAAGAUCCGCCGCAAGUGGAACAACCUCAUCGUCACGUACAAGAGGGUCAAGGACCGCAGCAGGGAAACGGGACACGCCAAGACCUCCUGGGAGUUCUUCGAUCUGAUGGACGCCACGCUCUGCGACACCGUUGGUUCUCACGUCGUCAACAACAAGCGAAUCAGAGGCGGCGGCGCGGCGCCUGCGCUCACCUCUCCUCCGGCGAAGGUCGCGGCCAAAGCCCAGGCUCACAGAACCAACGCUGGGCUGAGCGGCGCUGGGGUGGGGGUGGGGGUGGGGGGUCACGGCGCCGCCAGUCACACCACAGCAACCAGCAGCUCGGAGCUCAGGCCGCUGGUGGUGAACGGGGACGCCGGCGCCACCCUUCAUCCGCCCUCUCCGUCGCUCAUGGCCCCUCCGUGUUUGACAGAACCCCCCUCCUCUCCAGCUCCCUUUGACUCGGCCAGCACCAGCACCGCGGACCCCCACGCGUCGCGGUACGCGGGCCACGACGCCGCCCCCUUUCUCCUCAACGUGGCCUCGCACGGCAGCAGGAAGGGCCUGCUGGGCCCGGCCCAGUCCUUCCCUGCCGCCUUCUCCUGCCUCGCCUCCCCCGGCGCCGGCGCCGCCUCGUCCCCGGCCCCGAACCCGAAGGCCGGGGAGCCGAGCGGCCCGCUGCAGGAGCUCCUGCUCCGGCAGGAGGAGCAGGCCCUCCUGGAGAGCACGGCGCGCCACAGGGCCGAGGCCAGAGAGAAGCGGCGCGAGCGCCGGGAGCUGAGGAUGGCCGAGUCGCUGGGCCGGAUCGCCACGGCGCUGGAGCUGCUGUCGUCCAAGCAGGACACGGUCAUCGCGCUGCUGCAGAGGCUGGCGGACCGCACCAAGUGACGCCGUGCAGCUCCGCCGUGACGGAGCUCAGAGCAGUGACGCGUCCCGGCCUCUAGGUGGAGCUCUGCUACCUGAACCGCCCGCUUCACAGAAUGGAUUCUCCAUCAAACCGUGUCUCUGUGUUGCGUCAUCGCUAUCUGUAAACGUUUUUAAGGUUGUUUUAAGCCUUUUGUGUCUAACAUUACUGUCGUUUGACCUUCGACCCACUAAACCGUGAAACUGUAA